ACACAAGAGGACCAGACAGAAUACGGCUUUAACACGGCUCCAUGUAGCUUCACUGUAGACCUACAACUCCUCCCACGGGCCACAAUACUCGCUACCUUCAUCUUUCAUUUGGGAACAUUCUGGAACGAGUGUAUGGUAGCAGGACAAUGAGGAUGUGUUGUGAGAUGUCACCUCUUCACCUGAUAUCCACCUGGGCCUUCACUGUGUGUGUCAUUUGGACAACAGCUAUAGGUGACCAGACUCCAGUUUUCGUCACUCCAAACACACUGACAGCCAGUGAGACGAACACACCCACAACCAUCCAACCUAGCACAGACAGCCGUCCAACAGACAUUAGCAGUCCAGACGGACAUACCUCCAACAGCAUUCCAACAGACAGAUAUGAGAGGUUGGGGAGAUCCACACAGAGAGUUCUAGAAACAGUGACCGUGACGACCAUUGCAGGGACCAUCAAGACCAGUGCUGCCAUGACAACAGUAGUAACCAGUGCAACAGUCCCCCUUAAAGACUCAAGCACCCAGCCGCACAUCCCUCACACAGUCAUAUCACCGGUGGCGACAAACCCCAUGGCAACAACUCCAGCACCAUCUCGCGCCCCCAAAAAGCCACCCUGCUGUCCUCACCCCACUCGCAUGCCCACCCUUCCCCCUCAUCAGUUCAUAGGUGACGAGGGCGACUAUGAUGAUGAGUCUGAAGAAGAGGAGGAAGUAACGGAGGCGGAGGAAGGAGGCAAACUCAUCCAGGAGAAUCUGUGUGACUUUAACCCCUGCUUGCACCUGCAGAGACCCUGUCCAGAGGUCAGGGAGGCCAAGGGUCAGAGCUGCCGCUGUCCGGGCCUGACUCCAACCUCUGUGACCCCUGACCCUGUGGUGGCCCUGGAGGUGUGGGGGGUAUGGCCUGAGGCUGUGAGGGUGCGUUGGUGCGCCCCCUACUCGGCUGUGAGUAAGUUUGGUGUGUGGGCGCUGAGAGAGAACGGCAGUGUGUUCAGUAACGGCAGCGUGAGCGCCUGGUCACGCCAGGCCAGUGUGUUCGGGCUAAAACCGGGACGGAGAUAUGGAGUGUGUGUAAGCGCACUGAAUGGAGCUGGAACGUCACACACCCGCUGUGUGCCUGUGUCCACCCCAGUAGGUGUAGAGACGGUUGUGUUGUACGUGCUGACGGGACUGUGUGUAGCUCUGGGGAUGACGGUUGUUGUGAUGAGUGUGUUUCUUCACAGGAUCUGGAAGAUGCAAAACACACACUCUCUGAUUGAGCCGCGGGCACAAACACUCUACAACCCACGUCUCACCAGCCUGGUUUCAAUCACUAACCCGGCCUACACACACACCGACGAACACACUGUGCCUCCCUCUGCACGAAACACGCAGACAGACCAGCUGACGUUAUCCACUAACGUACGCAAUGAAUAAUAACACCUGUAACCAUCCGUACCACCCUUACCCACGUACCUACCACCCUUACCCACGUACCUACCACCCUUACCAACACACUUACCACCCUUAC